AACAUCGUCGCCUACUAUACCGCAUGCUACUUUAUCUAAACAAAAACAUGCUUACUUCAGCCCGAACGAUUCAGUUUGUUUUGAGCCAACACCAAAGUAGGAUCAUCGCACACAAUGACAUCGAAGGUUCCACUGGCAUUUUUCGACAAUGCUAACAGCAUUCCGAUGAUUGGACUCGGAACAUGGGGAUCGCCCCCAGGUGAGGUUACACAAGCUGUUAAGGAUGCUAUUGACGCCGGCUAUCGUCAUAUCGACUGUGCUCACGUAUAUCAAAACGAACACGAGGUGGGUGAUGGAAUUGCGGCCAAAAUUAAGGAAGGAGUUAUCAAAAGGGAGGACGUUUUUAUUACUAGUAAAUUGUGGAACACUUUUCACCGGCCGGAUUUGGUUGAAGGAGCUCUGUGCAAUACACUAAAGAAUCUCAAACUUGAUUAUUUGGAUCUGUAUCUUAUUCACUGGCCCGUUGGUUACAAGGAAGGGGAUGAGUUGUUCCCCUUUGGCCCUGAUGGGAAAACGUUCAUCUUUUCCGAUGCCGAUUACGUAGAUACUUGGAAGGCAAUGGAGAAACUGGUGGAUGCUGGACUAGUGAAAAACAUUGGCCUGUCAAAUUUUAACACUAAACAAAUUCAGCGAGUGCUAGAUGUAGCACGAAUCAAACCGGCAACCAACCAAAUUGAAAAUCAUCCUUAUCUCCACCAGUCGAAGAUAACAGCUUUCUGUGCUGAUAACAAAAUUAUUGUAACAGCCUACAGCCCCCUGGGGUCCCCGGCUAGGCCAUGGGUAACGGAAGACGACGUAGUUUUGCUAAACGAUGAAACAGUUAAAACUAUCGCCAAGAAAUAUGGCAAAGAACCGGCCCAGAUUUUAAUCCGUUAUCAGAUUCAGCUGGGACACGUAGUGAUCCCAAAGUCAGUAACUAAAUCUCGAAUCGCUUCCAAUUUCGAUGUGUUUGGCUUUGAACUGGCCGCGGAAGAUAUGAAACAGCUGGCGGCCCUCGAACGGAACGGACGCAUAUGUCCCGAGUUUGGAGCUUUCGGACAUCCGCAUCAUCCGUUUGAGAAUGAAGAAUAAUCGCGGCCGGCUGUGGAUGACCCGACACGAUAACAUCUUAGCUUGAUUGCGCCUGCGUGUGAGAAAAUUAGCGCAGAUGUUAUUUUCUGUAAGUACGCGAUGAAUUUUCAAGGUCGUCGACUGAAAUAAAUAUUUUGCAGUAUAUCACAGUA